GACCGGGAGCCGCCGCCGCCAUGCGCCGUCGGGGGCCGGCCUGCUGGGGGCUUCUGCUGGUGUUGGGGCUCUGCCGCGUGCACGGGGCGCGCCCCCGGAACGUGCUGCUGCUCCUCGCGGACGACGGGGGCUUCGAGAGCGGUGCCUACAACAACAGCGCCAUCGCCACGCCUCACCUGGACGGCCUGGCCCGCCGCAGCCUGGUCUUCCGCAAUGCCUUCGCGUCCGUCAGCAGCUGCUCCCCCAGCCGCGCCAGUCUCCUCACCGGCCUGCCCCAGCAUCAGAACGGCAUGUACGGCCUGCACCAGGACGCCCACCACUUCAACUCCUUCGACGAGGUGCAGAGUCUGCCGCGACUGCUCGCCCAGGCUGGCGUCCGCACAGGCAUCAUUGGGAAGAAGCAUGUGGGGCCCGAGCCCGUGUACCCGUUUGAUUUCGCGUACACGGAGGAGAACAGCUCGGUCCUCCAGGUAGGACGGAACAUCACCAGGAUUAAGCUGCUCGUCCGGAAAUUUCUGCAGACUCAGGAUGACAGACCCUUCUUCCUCUACGUGGCCUUCCACGACCCCCACCGCUGUGGGCAUUCGCAGCCCCAGUACGGGACCUUCUGUGAGAAGUUUGGCAGCGGGGAGAGUGGCACGGGGCGGAUCCCAGACUGGACCCCCCAGACCUACAGCCCACAGGACGUGGUGGUGCCCUACUUCGUCCCUGACACUCCCGCGGCCCGAGCCGACCUGGCCGCCCAGUACACCACCAUCGGCCGCAUGGACCAAGGGAUUGGACUCGUGCUCCAGGAGCUGCGCGAAGCAGGUGUCCUGAAUGACACCCUGGUGAUCUUCACGUCGGACAACGGGAUCCCCUUCCCCAGUGGCAGGACCAACCUGUACUGGCCAGGCACUGCCGAACCCUUGCUGGUGUCGUCCCCAGAGCACAGGAAACGUUGGGGCCAGGUCAGCGAGGCCUACGUGAGCCUCCUAGACCUCACACCCACCAUCUUGGAUUGGUUCUCCAUCCCUUACCCGAGCUAUGCCAUCCUCGGCUCGAAGACUGUCCGGCUCACCGGCCGGUCCCUCCUGCCGGCACUGGAGGCGGAGCCCCUCUGGGACACCGUCUUUGGCAGCCAGAGCCACCACGAGGUCACCAUGGCCUACCCCAUGCGCUCCGUGUACCACCGGACCUUCCGCCUUGUGCACAACCUGAACUUCAAGAUGCCCUUUCCCAUCGACCAGGACUUCUACGUGUCGCCCACCUUUCAGGACCUCCUGAAUCGCACCACGGCCGGCCAGCCCACGGGCUGGUACAAGGACCUCCAUCACUACUACUACCGGGAUCGUUGGGAGCUCUAUGACAAGAGCCAGGACCCCCACGAGACCCAGAACCUGGCCGCCAGCCCUCGCUACGCCCAGGUUCUGGAACUGCUCCAGACCCAACUGGCCAAGUGGCAGUGGGAGACCCAUGACCCCUGGGUGUGUGCCCCCGACGGCGUCCUGGAGGAGAAGCUGUCCCCACAGUGCCGGCCACUCCACAAUGAGCUGUGAGGGUGGCCGGGGGCACGUGGGAGGCCUCCCCAGACCCGGCCCCCACCUUUCCAGCCAAUGUGGAGGAAGGGGCAGGGAUGACAGCAUCCCGUCUGAGGAGGGCUCUCUCUGAUGCUGGGGUCGUUGCUGCCACUGCCCUGACCGGGGAGUGGUGGGCGUGCGCCCCAGUCCCUUCCUCCCCCCGUGGGGGUGGGGACGUGGCUGUCCUGGUGUCUGAGUCAUGUCUCAGCACAGGACCUCCAGGGGUCCGGGAACAGGGCGGGAUCCCCAGCCCGUGACAGGUGGGGAUGGCCUGGGCGAGGGGGCCUUGUCUUCUGGGUUCAGUUGGGGACCUGCCAAUGAAGGGCCUGGGACCUGGGGCUUAAGACCUUCGUUCCUUGGAGCCCACGGAUGUCCCUGCACCCUUCACCCAAGGAGAUGGGGCUCCCAGGGGCCUCGUGGGUGGUGGCGGGUCCAAACCACACUCUGUGGGAGCCCAGCGUCCGGCUUUUAUCAGUCUGUGGCCUUUAAAAA